CACUGGUGGGUAUAAAUUUUUCGUAUUUAGUAUUUAGUAUUUAGUCAGAUUUAUACCUAUCAAAAAGAAACCUGUCUGCUCGAUUUAUCAAAAUUAAUUUAUUUCCGUUUAUUUAUAAACAAAAAAAAUAAACUUCCUCUCCGCAAAUGUGAAAUUUCAAAAGGGAAAUAAGGAUUUCUAAGCAAAAAUGACUACUAAUAAGUUUAAACUGGUAACAGUGAUUUUUAUCGUCGGAGUUUCCGUUAUAAUUUCGGAGGCUGUUGAUCCAUCGGGUAAUCAAUUUAAUGCGCCUCAUCAAAUUCUGGAAAGUAUUAUACUUCAUAGUGGGAGAAUUCAGCAGAAACCCGAGCCAAACAUUUUAACAGCGAGGAUUACCAACAAUGUCAAAGAAAACUCAAAUCUUGAACUUCUUGGUGGAUACAGACCAUUAUUUCCACCGUACUUCCCCUUGAAAAAUCCGUAUGCGAAUACAAAGUUAUAUUCCGAUCAGGAGUAUUAUACACGAGGAACGGAUGAAAUUCUCCUGGACAAUGAAAAUCAAAAUUCGCAAAGUGUUACAACGCUUACAAAGCCAGCUGUUCCUCUGAUACAAAACACGCAAAUAUUCUUUAAAAACAAUAAUAAUAAUAAUAAUAAUAAUAAUAAUGAUAUUUAUAAUAAGAAAGCUCGAUUUUAUCAAGAAGCAAGAUCAAGCGUCAGUUCCAUCAGCGCCACGCAAAAUGUUCAAUAUCUUCCUUCUGUAAUCACUACCCACUCAAAUGUUAAUAAUCACAACCAACAUCAAGUUACAUUUAUAACGUAUCAAUAAAAAGGACCUGAUUUUCCACAUUCAUUUCAAUCAAUAA